AUGGAGGCGGGCUGCUAUCGUUGCAAUGUGGUCAUUGUUUCAGUACCACCGGAUAUCCUGGACGACUCCACCAGCACCGACAUGGAGGUACAAGAGGGUAGCAACGUGACGUUACGAUGCGCCGCCACUGGCACCCCAAAGCCGAAAGUCACGUGGCGACGUGAAAUCGGCGGCACCAUCGCACAGUCGAAUUCCCACGAAGGUACGUAUUUCAGAAGUAAAUGAAUGCACCGAUUGCCCAUCAAAAUUGUUGAACGUUUCGUUUCGUGUUGAUUCUUGCAUUUUUUUUUUUUUUUCGCCAUUAGAGAAAUUAGAAUGUAGAAUAUAAAAAUACUCUGGGCAAGAGAAUCACUAUUGAUAUUGGAAUUGUGUAUCGAUGUCAGAUGAUUUAUCUAAAUAUAUUACGCACAGAAUGUACGUUCAAAUUUUUGAAAUCAUCGUUACUAGGAAAUAUCAUUGCAAGUUUUAUGGAUGUAACUCUCAUGUUAUGAUAAUUGGGAUUAAUAUGAACAUUUAUAAUAAAUUAAGUUAGAACUUGUGAAAUUCCGCAUUUAUAUAAAUAUAAAUUUCAUUUUCAUAUAGAAUUAGGUUAUGUGUGA